GUGAUCAUCAGUUUAUUUGGUUCAGUUUGCUUUCGGCUGACCGGUGUUUCCUGUGGACGGUGUCACCGUGAUCCUACCUCAAAAGCCUCACUUUCGUCACCAUCUACCUCAUGAAAAUUGCGACCGUGCCGCCCCCAAAAUGACCCUGUUCUACCUGCCGGGCACGGCGAGCCUGCUUGAAGAGCUCGACAAGAAGCUACUCGUGUUCCUGCGGGACGGACGCACCCUGAUCGGCUACCUGCGGAGCAUCGACCAGUUCGCCAACCUGGUCCUGCACAAGACCAUCGAGCGCAUCCACGUGCGCAAGCAGUACGGAGACAUCCCCCGGGGCAUUUUCGUCGUGCGGGGCGACAACGUCGUGCUCCUCGGCGAGAUCGACGAGGCCAAGGAGCGAGACGUGGACUUGGAAGAAGUGAGCGUCGAACAGAUCCUCGAAGUUCAGCGGCUCGAAGCUGAGGCCAAGCAGGACCAGGAACGACAGAGGGCCAAGGCGCUUAAGGAGAGAGGACUGCAUUACCAUCUGGAUGUCUCUCACGACGAUUAUUAGCGUUACCCUUUUAAAGUGUUGCGCGGAAUGCAUGUGUGUGCCUGUGUGCGUGUUUGAAGGCUGAAGCCACUGUGGCAACAUUCGUAAAGUCGAAAACGUGUCUUGAGUGAUAAUUUUAGUUCACAUUCGUUCGAAUAAAGUGACAUUCGACUGAA